AUGGCAACAAAAAGAGCAGUGCAAUCCAUUCUGCCUAAAUCACAGCCCCCGUUCUGGACGCCCUCAAACCGCAUCUCAGAAUUCAUAGCACACGUUUCCCCCGUAACAUGUCCCUCGCAGGCCUCAUCGUAUGUCGAUUCUCUGCUCGAAUCGGAUAAACGUAUACGCAAUGCAACACACAACAUUACAGCGUGGCGUAUUAGAGGUGACGGCGCUGGCCAUCAGCAGUUUAAUGACGAUGGUGAGACGGGAGCCGGAUCCCGUCUUCUGCAGCUUAUGCAAUCGAUGGAUCUCUGGGAUUCGAUGGUGGUGGUUACACGAUGGUAUGGCGGUGCCCAUCUGGGGUCCAAAAGAUUCAGGUUCAUCACUGCUGCGGCAAGUGAUGCUUUUGCAAGGGCCGGUAUGGCUGGCGACAAGAAGGAGGAAAGGUCCAAAGGAAAGAAAAGGAAGUAA